AGCUUGAGUCAGAAACGUCUUCCGGUCAAACCGGACUGCCGGUGUAGUAUCAUUCUGGGUGUGAUAAAGUGACGCUACUUUCGCAAGAUGAAGACGUUUGCAGCCGCACUGUGGUGCGUUGUACUGUUUGGUGUGUUUUCCGACACCGCAGUCGGUCGGCCGGCCAAAAGAACUUCCCCAAUAUCUAUAGGAGGCGAAAGUUAUUUUGAGGAAACUGGCGGAUUUUUUGAAGGCGAUAUGAUACUUUCACCGGAGCAGUCAGACGCGGUGAAGAACGGCUAUACCGCGGUGUUGGGUGAGGCCUCAAAGUGGCCAAACAACAUUGUGUACUAUAUGUUCAAUACAGCGGUUUUCACCACCGAGCAGCAGAAUUUAAUUCGCAAAGCCAUGGAUCAGAUCGAGCUGGUGACCUGUAUUCGGUUUGUGCCUCGUACCACUCAGAAAGGGUUCUCUUACAUCACGACUUCUCCACAGACAGACUGUUCGUCGUACGUCGGCUACCACGGUGGGCAGCAAACGCUGAACCUGAAUCCGAGCGGCUGUUUGUACGUUGGCACCAUCAUUCACGAGCUGCUUCAUACGCUCGGAUUCGUUCACAUGCACACUGCAAGCGAUCGUGACUUUUAUGUGGAUAUCAACUUUGAUGCCAUCAAGCCCGAGCAUCAGAGCAACUUUAGAGGCUAUAAUUCGUCCUUGAUUGACGAUUACGGCAUUCCGUACGACUACGAAAGUGUGAUGCACUAUGGAAGGACAGCGUUCUCCAAGGAUGGUCAACCGACGAUCAUACCCAAGAAGCCGAAUGCCAUCAUCGGGCAGCGCAAUGGACUAAGUGCUAAGGACAUCAAACGAAUCAACCAACGCUAUCCAAACUGUUACUGACGAGCGAUGAAGAUAACGCUCGUUAUAUAUUAGCAAUGGAAAAGUAACAAGUUUAGAGAAGAUCAAGGUAUGCUUAAAAAUUCUCUGCUCUGACUUAUAGCUACUACAGUACUGAGCUGUCAAAAAUAUGACGUAUGUCAAUGCUUUGUUUACUUCAUUCGAGUAAACGUCACUGAGGAUCAUCUCUCAGAAUUAAUUGUUUAGGCAACGAAAACCCCUUUGAUAAAUCAAAUUUGAAAUGUUUCAUACUCGUCAGUAUAUUGAAAAUAAGGCAAAUAAAGAAACUGCGGCAAGUA